CCUCGGGUGAAAGUUCAAAGGACAUAUCCGGCACGGCGUUGGUGCUGAACGUCUGUGGUUGGUAGUUUAAGUACAAUGGCUAAACAUCAUCCAGAUUUGAUUUUUUGCAGGAAACAGGCUGGUGUCGCUAUCGGGAGGUUAUGUGAAAAAUGUGAUGGAAAAUGUGUCAUCUGCGAUUCUUACGUAAGACCUUGUACGCUAGUGCGGAUUUGUGACGAGUGCAACUAUGGGUCUUACCAGGGACGCUGUGUGAUCUGUGGAGGACCAGGCGUGUCAGAUGCGUACUACUGCAAAGAAUGCACAAUCCAAGAGAAAGAUCGUGAUGGGUGUCCCAAGAUUGUGAAUCUCGGAAGCUCCAAGACUGACCUUUUCUACGAGAGGAAAAAGUAUGGCUUUAAGAAGAGGUGAAGAAAAGACGAGUCAUCUGUGGAGAAUGAUGAUUCAGAUUUAGCCAAGAAGUUCACAUUUCUGUUCUUAAUCAGGGGUUUUUUGGUAUAAUAAAGUUUCUUUUUUACAGAAA